AUGCUCAUUCUCUUGUUGCUCCUCGCAUACAGCGAGGCGCUCAUGCACAUCCGCGACCCAUCCACUUGGAAACCGAUCAGUCGAUUAGAAAAGGCUAAAGCAUCGCCGUACAAGUGGACUGAAGAGUGGCUCGAUUCGGUGCCCUUGGAUCACUUCGCAUUUGCCAACAAGGAUCAAUUCAAGCUGCGAUAUUUCAUCAAUACCGAGAACUACGAAAAAGGAGGCCCGAUAUUCUUCUACACAGGAAACGAAGGAAAACUGGAAGGAUUCGCUGAAAAUACGGUCAGGUUUAUGUGGGACAUAGCAACAAAUGAUCUAUGCUGGCGUUUGUUUUUCGCAGAGCGAUUCGCUUCCACGGAAAACGCAACCACUGAGUGCACACCAGUUACAACACUACCGAUCAUCUUGGAUUAUCUCAGUUCAGAACAAGCACUGGCCGAUUUCGUGCUGCUCAUCGAUCAUCUCAGACAGAAGAGGCUAUCUGGUGCCGAGAACUCUCCGGUUAUCGCUUUCGGCGGUUCUUACGGCGGGAUGUUAGCUGCAUGGAUUCGAAUUAAAUAUCCCCACAAAGUAGCUGGGGCGAUCGCAGCGUCAGCACCAGUGUUCUGGUUCGUUGACUCACACGUUCCAGAAGAUAUUUAUGCCAAGAUCGUCACUCGGUCAUUCCUUGGUGCUGGUUGCAACCGUAAAGCUAUCGAGAAAGGAUGGCGUGCUUUGAAGAACCUUGCAGGAACAGACGACGGCCGUGCCUAUUUGAAUGAGCUAUUUCAUUUGGAGGAGAAGUCUCGUAUGUCUUCCGGUGACGAUCACAAGUUCCUUGCUUCGUUUGUUCGCGAAGUGUUUGAAAGCAUGGCGAUGGUGAACUAUCCGUAUCCAACCGAGUUUCUGGCACCGUUACCGGGAUGGCCAGUGAAGGAAGCUUGUAAAUUCCUAGGAAAGGUGCCGAACACGGACGAAGA